AUGGAGAAGAGAAAGAUGAUUUGGUGCAUUUUCAUCUUUUUACGAUUCACAAAUUCAGGUUUUUAUGGCAAUCUGGCCGAGAACAAGCCGGCGUCUCAGAAGGUUACGCUUAACAUGCCGGUUUUAGGGACAUACACAGCCGACAGAGCUGUAGAUGGUGUACGUGACACCAGACCAUUCAUUCCCUACGACUCCUGCGCCUUGGUAGAUAAGGGUGUCGCUACCUGGUGGAAGGUAGACCUACUACAGCCCUACAUGAUCACAAGUGUCGCCAUCUUGGCCCGUCAAACCAUGUCUGGACAGUCGGCGGACCUCGGCAUUGGUAUAGGGUUAUUGACGACUGGACCCUUUAGUACGUGUCUGACCACAAGUGGGAGUGCUGGAUGGAUAAACAGUUUCGCCACCUUCUCGUGUCCUGUUCCAAUAUAUGGACAAUUUGUGAAAAUCACGAAGAAUGUUCUCAACCAGUAUAUGUGUUUGUGUGAGGUCGAAGUGUAUGGAAUGUACUACAACAUCAACGUGUCGAGCUGUGAACUUCCUGUAUUAAGGAUGACUUGGACAUGA